GAGAAAAUCAAUAUGGCGCUGUCCAUCGACUUGAAAAAAUUUAAAAUGUGAAGCAGCUAUGGCUGUGAAUUCUUCUAUGGGUGGUUGUGAGAGGAACCUCUGUGAAGCAUGCCAUCCCAUACACAGUGUUUCCUGUGUGGAAAGAGUUGGACUCCACUCCAGUUUUCUCUCGUAGUUCUGAUAUGUUUAGUUUUGUUCAAUGAGUAUUUCAUCUACGUCUUUCAAACCAUGAGAUGGCCAGCCAUGCCAGAUGUAAACAGGGAAGAUGGUUCAUCCGUUGUUAUUUUGCUGGUAGCCGACCCUCAGAUACAGGGGUACCAGACUGAAGGAGUUUGGAUUGGACCUUAUGCCAGAUGGGAUGCUGAUAGUUACCUCAAAAAGACAUUUUCCUUUGCUGCGGCUCAUGCGAAGCCAGACGUUGUGAUAUUUUUGGGCGACCUAAUGGACGAAGGAAGCCGGGCCACUCACGAUGAAUACAGAGAUACUUAUUACAGAUUUCAUAACAUUUUCUCAAACUUCCCAAGUGCCAAGAGAAUCUACAUUCCAGGAGACAAUGAUGUAGGAGGGGAAUUCAGGGACUUCCGCACACCAGAGAAAGUCGACAGAUUUGUCAAACAUUUUGAACAAGUCGAUGGCAUUAUUCAACAUAAGUUCAUAGAUUUUAUCAAGAUUGACACCCGACUACAGAAUACGGAGUUCCAAGAAAAGGAGCAGCUGUUCAGACAUUACAGGAAGUCAGUGAACUCACCCAUCCAUGUUGUCAUCAACCACGAGAGUCUGUUACCCUUACAGUUCAAGUCACCUAUCUACCCUAUUUUAUCCAUGGUUAGUGGUAAACUCAUCUUCUCAGCUCACUGGCACAAGCCAGUUGCCUAUAUUUGUGAUGACUGCAUGAGAAAUGAUGAUUACUCCUGGUCGGUUCAUCAGAGAGAUUUGACCCACAUGCAUGGAUUCAUGUUUGAGAACAUUACCCGCAGUGCGGAUUGCCUGACAGAGAUAAUGGUCCCCACCUGUAGCUAUAGAAUGGGGGAGCCGAACAUGGGAUAUGGGGUGGCCGUAUUAGAUGCAAAAGGAAGUCUUCAUUAUGGCAUUUUGUGGAAUCCCAACCGAUACCAAGUCCUGUAUAGCUAUCUAAUGGUCACCCUUCUAGUCGUCUUUGUUAACUUAAUCCUCUAUUUUUGUCCCUGCCUGUGUAAAUGUUGCUGUGGACGGCGGACUCGGUACUAUAGGUGACGUAUGCAGAUUUUAGAUCACCCACCUACCCACACCUGCACUCACAGAAUUAGGUCAGAGCUCAUUAGGUCAGAGGUCAAAGUCCCAUAAUUCCUGAAGAUCACAUGGAAAGAUAGUGAGAAUAUUGUGAAGGUUUGACAGUCGUUUUAUUUAAAUUAAGAAGAUAUAUAUUAUUUUUAUGAUGUACAUAAAAUUAAUGACUUUUAGUUCAGAAGGAAGUGAUUGGUUGGAUUUUUUUCUUUGAAGACAAAGAAAUUUUUUAUUACCGUAUAAGAAGAAUUUUUAGCGAGGAUUUAAUUUUGGCAUUAUUAACAAGGGUUAUGAGAUCGGCUAAAAUUGAAUAUUGAUUAGAAAUUAAUUAUGUUUUAUUUUAUUAGCUUCUUUAGCAAUAAUUUUAAAAAUUGUUAAAAUUACAUCUCUCUAA